GAGCCUGCCUUCCUUCUGCCUUUGCCCCUUUCGGGACGCCAGCCUGUCAGGACCUAGGGCAGCUCAGCACCUGCCUCCAUCCACCUUCGGAGGUGGGGGUGGGUGCCGGGGGCUGAGGGAGUGUCUGGGGUCUGGUGUGGACGGGGAGGGGGAGGGGACAGCUGUGGGAGGGUCCCUGGGUCCCUACUGUGCUCUCCUGCCCCUCGGCCCUAGGCCACCAGGCGAGUCAGGUGGGGACCACAGCCAGUGCCCUGGGGUGGGGGUGGGGGGAGACAGCAGAUGCCCGGGCCCCAGUGCACCCUGCAGCGUCCCCAGGCCCCAGUCCCGGGGUUCAGUCCUGCAGGGACUCCACAGGGGACCUCCAUCUGGACUUCAGCUCUGCUGUGCUCCAGGGCCUGGGGGCUGUUUGUCACAGGGAUCCUGCCCCUGAGGCCCAGCCCACCUGCCACCGGGGAGAUGAUGCAAGGUGUGCGUGGAAGGCGCAACAGUGAGCGGAGCGGGCAGGAAUGGGGCCAGCAGACCUGGGGAGGGUGGAGCGAGAGGGGGCGAGCUCAGAGCUCAGAGGCCUGAAGGUGAAGGAGGAGGUGGGCUGGGACCCCAGGCAGCGGGGUGCUGGGUGGAGCUGGAAGCACCGCUGGUCCCUCCUGGGUGGCGGGGCCUGCAGGCCUGGGUGUUUUGGAAACCAGCGCUGGGGCCCAGGGGUGCUGCCCGGCACCAGGGCCCGGGAGCUCUCACCGUGACGUCAGCCUGGGACUGUGUCUGCUGUUCUCCUGGGCUCUCACCUGCGCUGGGUCCCCCUGGGGGCGGCGGAGCCUGCAGCAGCUCUGGUGACCCUGUGCAGUGUCCUCUCGGCCGGCCGCAGACAUGGCCGAGCGCCUGACAGCCGAGCAGAUCAAGGAGUACAAGGGGGUCUUUGAGAUGUUCGACGAGGAGGGCAACGGGCAGGUGAAGACGGCCGAGCUGGAGCGGCUCAUGAGCCUGCUGGGCAUCAACCCCACCAAGAGCGAGCUGGCGUCCAUGGCCAAGGACGUGGACCGAGACAGUGAGGCCGCACGCGCGGGGCCUGGGGCGGCUGCUGCCACUCAGGGCUGGGGGUUUGGGGGGCCCUGCAGGUAUGUGCUCACGAAUGCGGGCGAGCCCCUCAAUGAGGUGGAGGCGGAGCAGAUGAUGAAGGAGGCCGACAAGGACGGGGACGGGACCAUCGACUACGAGGAGUUCGUGGCCAUGAUGACCGGAGAGUCCUUCAAGCUGGUCCAGUAGGAGCCGCUGCUAGGCCUUGGGAGGCCUGCCAGACCAGGAGCCGCUCCCCCCCCAGCCCCACC